AUGCUCGCCUUCCCGGCCCGCUACUCGCGCUGGCUGCCUCUGGCUGCUGGGGCAGUCGUCAUAUUUCUUUUUCUGCACCUCCGACACCCUGGAUUUGGAUCGUACACCCCACAAGUGAUUAACACCGAGUCAUCAAUAAUCUUAACAUCAAACCGAACAAGCACCACCAUCGAUGACAUCAAAUUCGGCAUCAAACCCGUUGACACAAACCCCACAUCCGCAACGUGCCGCUCACUACCCGGCAUCGAAGAUAUCCUUGUUAUCCUAAAGACAGGCAUCACAGAAGCACAAGAAAAAGUGCCCGUGCACAUUCGCUCAACUCUCCGCUGCAUUCCGAACAAAAUAAUCAUCUCCGACUUCGAAGAAGAAAUCGAGGGAAUCCAAACAUACGAUGUCUUCCGCAACACAAGCUGGGAAGUCCGAGAAAACAUCGACUUCUCACUCUACAAUCGCGCACAGUUGAACGGCCGCGCAGGCCUCAGGCAAGAAGAUACAGUCAAGGUCGCCAACAGCGCAGCCGGAAUGAGAGGCAACCCAGGUUGGAAGCUCGACAAAUGGAAGUUCCUACCCAUGACCGUGGAAGCAAGGAACUACCAACCCAAUGCAAAGUGGUAUGUCAUCCUCGAGGCCGACACAUACCCGAUCUGGCCGAAUCUGGUAGCGUGGUUGAACAAGCUCGACUCAAGCAAGAAACUCUACCUCGGCAACCAGAUGCAGAUCGGGGAGGACGUGUUUGCGCAUGGUGGAUCGGGUAUCGUUCUUUCUCAUGCGGCUAUGCAUGGAGUCGCGGAUGAGUACUUGGCGCAUAUGGAUGAUUGGCAUUUCCAGACGAAUAUACAUUGGGCUGGUGAUUGUAUUUUGGGCAUGGCGCUCAAGGCUAUCGAUAUCCCGCUUACAUGGGCUUGGCCACAUGUUACCGGGCAGUCUAUCUGGGAGCAGGAUGCUAUCAAUGAGGCAUAUGGGAGGCAGCAGUGGUGUUACCCGCCUUUUACAUUUCACCAUAUGACGACUGCGGAUAUUGAAACGAUGCUUGAGUUUGAUACGAAAUGGCAUGCGGAUGCAAAAAACUCUUAUCUCUUAUACCAAGAUGUCUUCCGCCUCCUUGUCCGACCAAAUCUUACAGCCAUCAAAGAAAACUGGGAUAUUUUCGCCCCCCAUGAGCUCAAAAAAGAAGGCGAUGAAAAUGCGUCUUACACCCGUUUCGAGUGCGCAGAAGAAUGUGCCAAAACGAUGAAUUGCAUGCAAUACAGUAUCGACAAGGCUGGUGCCUGUAAGAUCUCUGACCUCGCACUUGGCGGCCGACCUGCAGCGGAUGUCACGGCUGGUACGAUGAUGUGGAGGGUCGACGAAAAAGUGCGUUCUCUGGGCGAGUGCGAGCGCCCGCGGUGGGUUCAUGAGUAA